AUUGAAUGCCUCAAUUGUGACUCCACUCAGCACUGUCAUCGGUGCCAUCCAAGCCAUCGCAAGUCAAUCUAGAACGAGACGGGUAUCGUGUCGAAUGGCGACUAGCUAAGUACCAAGCCAAAUUCAGACUAACGCAUCCCCACCUCACCAAUCGUCAGGGCCACCCCCAGUCACUACCAUCUCGGCUCCGGCCUUAGCGUGGCAACUGGCAAACACCUCCCCCGUCGUCCCAUCCCAAAGUAUUCCAGUGGGCUCUUCCAUUUACUCCAAUCUUCCAGCAUCCCUUUGGGCGGUCCUAUUCAUUAAUUCUGGCCGUUGUCCCCAAUCUUUGGUGCACGUCCCCUGCAAGAAUCGACUUUCUCUCAUCCAAUUUGGCCCAACCCGGAACUUUCACCACCGUCGCCGAAGUUUUUCCCGUCCCGAAUGUCGGAUCGUCACUUCAGUUGUGGAAAGAGCAACCCAACUGAAGUAGAUCUCUUUUACACUGCUACAUUGUUUGGAUACACUCUCGAGUUUCACCGAUAGUCUUCCCAGCAUCGCGUCGCUGCCCACAGCCACCACUUGACGGGGGUCUCCUCGGCCGCAUACCGGAGAAAACAAUACGCCACGCCGGACGUCUGCGACACACCUAUUCGAGCUCGUUGCUUUGCUAUACACAUCUACACGCCUUACCUUGACCUCGGAUCACGACGAGACCCGCCGAGCAACUUCGCCCUACGAGAUAUCUGAGGCGCGCCUUCUCGAGACCUGCGGCGUCGCGCCUGCCGUUGUGUCGAAUAUUGCUGUCCACCGAAACGGGACGAGACCUCAAAGUGCAAGAGUUCCUGGAGGCAAGAGGGGUCGAACCGCACUCUCCCUCUUGGUUCAACCACCACCCUGCGACUGCCUCCCCCUCCACUUGAGACGGUUGCUCUUUCCUCAAGGUAUCGACACAGAACCUGCUUCCGACUUCGAGUCUGACUUUUGUUGGCUGGCGACCUGUCACUUCAGAGCUAGCUGAGACUUCGGCCUCAUGGUACGCGCACACUUUUGCUUUUCCUUUCUCUUGAUAAACCACAGCCUCGUUAAUCAAAAUGGCCGACUCCAGUCUCGCUCAAGAUUCCCCUUCGCUCCCGCCGCGCUCCCGCCGCAAACCCCGUAAACGACCGCCCAAAAACAAAAUGUCACCUCACAGGGCCCAGCAAGAUAUAGCUGGAGGGCCCCUCUCAGGAGCGCAGGUCGCCCGCUCGAAUGAGACUGUCAACUUUCUGCUGGGGAAUCGUCGUCCAGCAUGGAUGACUACGCAAAAUGAACCAGCAUCUCGCAGCCCCCAUACGAAUAAGGGGCCCACAUCAAGAAAUCGACAGGGUGUUCAUGGUGUCCCGAUAGUCCCAACCCAAGCGCCCCGGAGAGAGUCCUCGACAAACGCUACGAAUCCCCCCUCUGUGCUAGGGUCUGUCGCGCCGUCUGCUUUCCGACUUCGACCGCAUGAAAACCUACAAGACAAGUCGACGGCUGCGCUUGAAACCAACCAACUCAUAACGUACUUCCCCUACCCUAUUUCAUCUUCUGGAAUCCCGCAGUCUUUUCCCUCGUCCACAACGCCACAACUGUCUCUAACGUUUUCCUUCGGCAGUGAUUGCGCAGCCGCUCUUCCCUCUCCGGCACCAACUGACCAACCUAGUCCUCCCACAGUCACCUCAAAUCAGACCUCGCAUCAAAUCCGAGAGACUUGCCUUCAAAGUCCAGAACUCGGGCUUGAUUUCGCAGCCAACAACUCAAACGCAACAACGGCUUGGACUGGCGAGACCCGCGCCCAGGAAACACCAGCAAAUGUGUUAGCGCAGAAUUUCUCGGGAGCUGGCGCUGGAAGAGCUGUUCCAGAUCUGAGCAAUCCGAUUCCUUUAUCAACAAAUAUUCAUUCCACCUCAAGAUUCUCCCUCUUCGAACCUAGUGAGCACCCAGCGCUGUUGACGCCGUCAAUUACGCUUCCGGGAAACCCAUCGAGCUCGGUCUCGGCGUCACUCCCUCUGGUUCCCGACUCUCAAGCCGCGCCUAGCCCUACGCUCAAUAUAUCAUCACGACCAUCAUCCGGCCAGAAUUCUAGACCGCCAGCGGUUCCAAGUCCGCUUAAUGCUGGUCACCACCCGCCACAGCCUCCUGGCGAAAGGCAAGAUGUCUAUUCCCAUGCAGUACAGCCCGCAGGAACUAGCCGGGACGCGCUAGAUAGCUUCCUUCAAGUAGUCAUGGCCAAGAACCUCGACAGCUACAUAUCCGAUCGCGGCGGCAUGGCCAAACUUCCAGAAGAUGGCACCACGGCACCCAGAGUACGGCUUCUCAAAGACGCCAUUGAGAAGGCUGAUUACUUCUACAUAGUGCUUCACCAGAUCCUUUGUUUAUGGACGCUUGACACAAAAGCCGCACAGGACCUCCUUGGUCUUCCUCCUGACGUGACGGACAGCGCACUCGGCAUUGUACAAAAUGUUCUUCGGAAGAACGAAAAUAUGGGCCAGGACACGAUUUUCUUCUUCGCAAACUUUCCAGCUAGUAGUGCCUCUGGGCUUUGGCAUACUGAAGUCUACCGCAACCAUACUGGGGACAUUUCCAGAUUCCUAAACAAUCUCCACGAACAGUGGAACAGGAUUUUAGUUCCUGCCAUGCGACCUCACUCAGGUCGAGGCUAUCCUAUCUUGGCAGACGAAUUACGCUAUCAGCUCAAACUUCGGUCUCCGAUUCUAGAGACUAUUUUCUUCACCGUCACUAGGAGACAUACUGGUGUCCCAGACGGGCUCAUCGCCGAUCAGAUGACUGCGCUAUUCCGACAAGAUUCUCAGAACGACCAUACACAGAUGUCCGAACAGGAGCAAAGGGCGUUCCAACACUCGCUAAUUUCGCGAUACAAGAUCUUGGUCAGUCAGAGUCAACAGCAGCAGCAGCAACAACAACGGCAGCAACAACACCAAAAACGGCGAGUAGCACAUCAGCAGCAGCAGCACCCUCAGCAGCAGCAGCAACAGCAACAGCCCCCUCAACAACAGCACCACCAGCAACAGUCGCAUCAACACCAGCAAGCUCACCUUCAACAGCAACAGGACUACGCAGUAGCAGCCGCCAUAGCACAACAGCAAACCGCCAUCGGCAAUCUUAGAAGGAUGUCUACCAACUUCUCCCCAGCACAAGCCAGGGCGCCAACACCGAUACAAAAUUCUCCCACUCAAGGGUUUGACGUGUUUCCAUCCCCAACGGCUGAAAAUAUAGCCGGGAUGCCAAACUCCUUUAACCAACGCGCCGGACCGGUACCGUCACAGUUGAGGCUGCUCAGUCAACCCCUGACGAACCAGCCCCUGACCCCAACAGGCUCGCCUCACUACCCCAGCAUGCAGUUGCCACAUGUGUCACUUACUCCAGGGCAGAUAUCUCCAGUUCUCCAAGCACCUCCAGGGGGGCUAUCAAUGUCUAUGCCAGGCCUGACAUCGCCUACACAGGCUGUCACCCCUAGAGCCCCCUCAAUUCAUCUGCCUGGGGUGUUUCGUGAUCCUCCACAUUAUCAGGCUCAACCCCAUAAUCUAGGUUAUCAGCUUCUCCAGCAAGCCCGCGAUGCGGAACAAAGGCGUGCCAGGUCUCGGCAACUGGGUACUGCCCAGAACCAAGCCCAGGCUAUGACGCAGCUGCAAGCUACGAACGUGGCCUCCCCUAGAAUUCAACUCCAUCACCACCACCAUCACUCCUCUCCGCGGCCUCAAGGAAUGCAGCAGGGGCCAUCACGUGGAGCGGCUGUGCGGACACCAGUAAUGCAGCAGCUGCCUUCGCCUCAACCUGUCGCUUCUAUUUCGCAUGCGAGCCCAAGAGGUUUGGGAAUUACUCAGGGAGCCCCGAGUACGCAAACAACGAGGACUCCUUCAGCUAGCUCUAGGCCAACUCGUGACGCAGCAGGACGGCUCAUAGGCAACCUUUUCCGACCACCCAACGUGUCGAUUCCGCUAGAUCGUAUACCUCAUACACCUUGGGAACCAAAGGCUGUGGGAAUCGCACUUCAUCAAGUCCAACUUCGGAGUCCGAGAAGAGUGCCACGAGAUUUACCCAGGUCGGGCGACCAGUCAAAACCAGUGAGGUUUUAUCAGUCCAUCAAAGAGCUUGCUCUAGGCCCGAUCGCGACACCAGCCAAGAAUUGCGUGCACCGCCUCGCCUUUGUGGUGCCCAACGAGCACUACAACAGGCUCUGCCCAAUGAGCAAUUUGGUUGGCGACUGUGUUCCAGUCUCGGAGUACUUUGAAGGGUCUCUUCGAUACCGUCUUCGUCUCUGUGAGUUCCCAGUCAACCCGGCCGAGCCGGCAAACAUCUCAGAAUCUGUCUGGGCAGUAGCGCAAUCCUACUGGCCUGAACAUAUUGCUAUCAUGGUCAAUGACAAUAUCGUUGCGGUCCGCCGAAAGCAGCAUAAUGGGCAGCACCUGCCUGUGGAACUCACUCCAUACAUACUAGCUGGCACAAAUUCAAUAACCGUCAGCAUCAGCCCCAUGCCCGCGGCUCAAAAGCCGAACAUGAUGUAUUUUAUGGCUGUUGAGGUGGUUGAGACGCUAAGUCAUGAUAACAUUGUCAAUAUGGUUUUGAGCCAGGGCACAAUCUCGGCGGACACGACAAAGCAAGUUAUCCGGAGCCGUCUGGAACCAACGUCUUCCGAUGGGGAUGAUGAGCUGGUUGUGGUUGGCAGCGAUCUCAGCAUUGAUUUGGCCGACCCUUUUAGCGCCACGAUAUUUCAAAUUCCAGCACGCGGUGUUAGCUGCACGCACAUGGAGUGCUUUGAUCUGAUCAACUGGCUACAAACCCGACCGGCCAAGCCUAGGUGUACCGCGCACGGGGCUGGCGAUGCAUGCCGCGUUUGCAAUCGCGGCACCGAAGGGAGACCUGAGCCUUCUUUGGUUGACAAGUGGAAGUGUCCUCUUUGCGACGGGGAUGCUCGCCCGUAUAGUCUUCGAGUUGAUCAGUUUAUGGAAGACGUUCGCAAGAGCCUCGAGGCUGAGGGCAAACUCAAUACCAAGACCAUUUAUGUUAGGGCUGACGGAAUGUGGAAAGCCAAGGAAGAGGAGGCUGAUGAUGACGAGGAAGAUAAUGCAGAAAACGGGCAGCCGCCAGCCAAACGGGCCAAGACACGGCCGUCGAUAUCGGAGCCAGAGGUCAUUGAGCUGGACUGAUUGCAAGGAGGCUGGAGCUUUGGACGUAUGAUUCGGGACCUCGAAUACGCUCCCUUUCUUGCUCUGGGAAACAAUUGUUUCUUUUUUUUUCUUUCUUUCUAAUUUUGCUUUGCGCGGGCAUUGGGAUGCCGAAAUGAUACCAUCUGCAACAUCUGGGCGUUUGGGGAAUUCGUGAUAGGGUGGGAUACCCUGCAUCAAGGCAUUGCAGUCCUACUCGUUUGAUGAGAGGAUUAGGAGAGACAACAUGAUCUUAGCCAUCAGCUUUAAGCGACAAUGACGAUAUGUACUGGAAGCUAUAGUUACGUAGCUUCCAAGGCAUGUGUACGAAUACAUACAGCACUUUAAUAACCGCAAGUCUGCCAUGUUAUGGCUGUGAGACGACUUUAUUCAUGCAGAAAGUGUACUUUGGACAUGGCUGAAGGUUGAGUAUUUUUGCUCAAAGUGAGCUCGGCCAUGAGUACACAUGUUCCAAUCAUCUCAAGUUGGACGAGGUUCAAGCUUUGUCAGGCAGAAAUUC